AUUGGCUGGUAGCUGCACCAGCUGAACAAAGUGUAAACCGCCACUGCCGCCCGCCGCUGCUUCUGCUGCCGCUGCUUCCUCAAGAAACGCGUUAAAGUCUGCUGCUGCAAACAGGUUCACUGCAAAACGACCAUGCAGGCUCAGGAGGUCCUGAGACAGCUGCGGAUUCCCGAGCUGGAUGACUUUCGGCAGUACGUCCGAGGCUUUCCCACCAACGCCCUCAUGGGUAUGGGUGCCUUCGCGGCCAUCACCACCUACUGGUUUGCCACCCGUCCAAAAGCCCUCAAACCACCCUGUGAUCUUGGACUGCAGUCAGUGGAGUUACCAGGUGGUGAGCGUGCGAGAAGAUCGGUGUUGUGCGAAGACGGCUCUUACCUGACACACUACUACGACGAUGCACGCACGUUAUACGAGGUGUUUCUACGAGGGCUCAGAGUAUCAAAUAAUGGACCUUGUCUAGGAUCGAGGAAACCAAACCAGCCAUAUGAAUGGCAGACUUAUAAAGAGGUAAUAGAUAGAGGAGAAUGCAUCGGCUCCGCCCUCCUUCACAGAGGACACUCUCACACAGGAGACAAAUUCAUCGGCAUCUUCUCUCAGAACAGACCAGAGUGGACCAUUACAGAGCUCGCCUGUUACACGUACUCCUUGGUGGCUGUCCCGCUGUAUGACACACUCGGCGCUGAAGCCAUUGACUACAUUAUUGAUAGAGCCGACAUCUCAACGGUGAUCUGUGAUGUCCCUGAAAAGGCCCGGAUGAUUCUGGAUUGUGUCAGCGGAAAAGCACGAGUGGUGAAGAUGAUUAUUCUCAUCGAGGCGUUUGACAGCGACCUGGUGACCCGCGCAAAGGAGAACGGCAUCGAGAUCCUGAGUUUAAAGGAGCUGGAGGCCUUGGGUAAAGCUAACCUCAAGCAACCAGUGCCUCCCAAACCAAAUGACCAGGCUCUUAUCUGCUUUACCUCUGGAACAACAGGAUACCCAAAAGGUGCAAUGAUUUCUCAUGAAAACGUAGUCUGCAACACUGGCGCUUUCAUUAAAUUGACCAAGGUAAACUGCAUGCUGAACGCCAAUGACAUUCACGUAUCCUAUCUCCCUCUAGCUCACAUGUUUGAGAGGGUUGUGGAGUAUGUCGUACUCGUCCACGGGGCUCGAAUCGGCUACUUCCAAGGGGACAUUCGACUCUUGAUGGAUGAUCUGAAAACACUCCAGCCAACAGUUUUCCCUGUUGUCCCCCGCCUCCUCAACCGCAUGUUUGACAAGGUUUUUGGUCAAGCCAACACGCCACUGAAAAGAUGGCUGCUUGAUUUUGCCUUCAGAAGGAAAGAGGCGGAGCUUAAAAAUGGAGUGGUCCGAAAAGACAGCAUGUGGGACACACUCAUCUUCAAGAAAGUGCAGGCGAGCCUCGGCGGCCGUGUGAGACUCAUGAUUACAGGAGCAGCCCCGGUAUCCCCGACCAUCCUGACUUUCCUGAGAGCUGCUCUCGGCUGUCAGUUUUAUGAAGGUUACGGUCAGACUGAAUGCACAGCUGGCUGUACCAUGUCGAUGCCUGGGGACUGGUCAGCAGGUCACGUUGGGCCUCCUCUGCCCUGCAAUGCUGUUAAACUGGUGGAUGUGGCAGAAAUGAAUUAUCUGGCAGCCAAUGGAGAGGGAGAGGUGUGCGUCAAAGGACCAAAUGUAUUCCAGGGAUACCUGAAAGAUCCUGACAGAACAGCUGAGGCUAUUGAUAAGGAUGGAUGGCUGCACACUGGUGACAUUGGGAAAUGGCUUCCUAAUGGCACUCUGAAGGUUAUUGACAGAAAGAAACACAUUUUUAAGCUGGCACAGGGAGAGUACAUCGCCCCGGAGAAAAUUGAAACCAUCUAUGUUCGCAGCGACCCCGUGGCCCAGGUGUUUGUUCAUGGUGACAGCUUACAGGCAUGCCUGGUGGGGAUAGUGGUGCCCGAUCCUGACUUCUUACCUAUUUGGGCCAAGAAAAAAGGGUUUGAAGGCUCUUACUCUGAGCUGUGUGACAACAAGGAUGUGAAGAAGGCAAUUCUGGAGGACAUCUUGAAUUUGGGCAAAGAAACGGGACUCAAGUCUUUUGAACAGGUGAGGGACAUUGUGUUACAUCCCGAGAUGUUCUCUAUCCAGAACGGUCUGCUGACUCCAACCCUGAAAGCCAAGAGGACUGAGCUUCGGAGCCACUUCAGAGAACAGAUCGAUGAACUCUAUGCCAAAAUUAAGAUGUAAGCCAAGUUCAAGGAGUAUUAUAGGGAAGCCAUUCAGAGACAGCCAGAACCAAACAGUGUGCUGAGGGAAUCCGUCUCACUUUCUCUGCAAGUGACAAUCUUAACAGUUAUAUGGGGGAAAAGCUUUCAGGAUAAUUGGAUAAUGAAUUUUAAAAGUGCAUUUUAUCCCCACUUUGAUCAAUAAUCACACAGAUCCAUUAUCCCAGCUAACACUGGCUAACUGGCAAAGAGAUCCACAGAACCCGCACCAAGUUUCUUGUGUAGUUUAUCCAAGAAUAAGGGUUAAAAUGGCACAGAGGAAGUUUGACUUCUGCUUUUAUGUAUGACAACUUCACGGUCAGAAAGGUGAAUCCUGAAAACAUUUCUGCUAGUUUUAUUCGUGAAAGCAACAAGCGAAAAUCUUUGAAAAUACUUCUACAACAGUGACAGAUAUUAACUAUUUAUAUGCCAUGACAUUUCAUGCUUUGGUUAUCUAUUUAAGGGGAUAUUUAAUAUCAUCUUUUUGUAAAUAGUGUAUCUGCUGGAAAAUUUGUGUACAGGGUACCAUGCCAGAUACUCUGUAGCUUCCCUGCAUUCCCAUAUUUCUCAGUGCUGCCGGCUGAAGGACUUUGAUGAGGUUUUUGGUUAACAGCCUACUGAAAAUCAUGUUGGUUCACAGAUUUUGGGCUUUUGUUUUUGGUGUUAUUUUUAAAUGUUGCAUGUAACAUAUUCACUGUUGCUUUCUAAAUGCCUGACAUUGCAUUGCCAAAAGCUGAGGAAUGAAGCUGCACAACCAUCGUUUGUAUAUUCUGCAAGUAUUUGGGGUAAAAAUAGUAACAGUGAUUUUUAUCGUUGAUCAAACAGUUUCCAUGUCCUUUGCAAAAUCAGCAGUCUUCAUUUCAGCCAUUUGAAAAAAAAUUUGUUUGUUUUUUGUGAAUGCCGGUUUUCUGACUGAUGAAUGAUCGUGAUGUACAUCCAAUCGUGUCAAAGACCUCUUAACAGCACAAGCUGUACUGUUUAGUUGGUUUUUUUUAAUGACUUGUGAUCUCAAAAAGGGAGAACGGUCCAGUUUUGUGCUAUAAUGGAAAGUGUAUCUGUCAAAUGUACCAAAUAAACACAACAUGGUCGUGCA